AUGGAAAUGAAGAAGGCAAGUAUCAAGACCGUGCGUUUUUCGCGAACGGCUCGACAAAUCGUUGCCGAUUACGAUUUGGAAGAUUCAGUUAUGACUCUUAUAAUUGAAUUUCCUGACGAUUAUCCCCUCAGUGUGCCAGUGAUCGAGAAUGAAAAAGCAAUUGUAAAUCGUGGAAUACGACGAAGAUGGAUCAUGCAGUUGACCACGUUCCUCGCUAAUCAGAAUGGUUGGACAGUGGACGCGGUGCUGAUGUGGGCGCGUAACAUCGAAAGGCAUAUGGAAGGGGCUGAAGAUUGUGUCAUUUGCCUGAUGACCGUACAUUCUGUGACCUAUCAGCUGCCUCGUGUACGUUGCAAACAAUGCAAAAAGCGUUUCCAUUCCGAAUGCUUGACUCUACUAAAAGUCAUCUGA